AUUAGGUCUACUAUGCUCAUUUUUAACGAAUUCUGACGUCUAGCUGAGCGACACAAAUGAACUCGACUACGCAAAAACGCAUAGAAAUCAUGAUACUUGUAAACUCGGAGUAGGCUGUGCACAAGGGUUGAAAGAGUAAACGUCCAACGUAAAAGGACCACACAGUGGAGUAAUACGCGAUGUAUGCCGCAGAUGUCGGUGUGUGCAUAUAGACCGUACAUAUAUACACACGAAUGGAGAAAGAGGGGGGGCCAGUCAAGCUCACCCUGUCUGUCUCUCUCUCUCUCUCUCUCUCUCUCUCUCUCUCUCUCUCUCUCUCUCUCUCUCGCGCGUGCUCUCUUUUCCUCCCCAAAGAGGGUCGCCAUAGUACAUACACACGAAGCGAGGCCGCAGCAGUGGCGAGGCCACCCCAGCAGCAACAUCAGCAGUUAGCUUAGCACAGACAGAACACAUGCACAAGUACGCACGCGGGCGGGCGCGCAACUGAGACGGAGGAUACUAGUAACAAGAGCGGGAGGGAGGCCAAAGUGUAAGAGACAAGCGCGUGUGUGUGUGUGUGCGAGAGAAAAGGAACGUAGAGAGGAGAGUAGACGACGUUAAAUGGCUGUCAGGGUGGAUCGAGGCUCGCGAACAACGACGACGCCUCAAGCUGACCUCCACUGAGAUCAACACGCGGAGGAGUCUCAUCGCCAAGGGCUGUUGUUGCCGAGGCGUCGUCUGGUGCGGGGCUCGAGCAGGAGUGGCCGCUGCCAACAGGAGCACGACCACCAAGCGCGAGCCACAACCACUGUGAACGAGGGAGAGAGAGAGAGAGUGAGAGUAAUAGUGAUAGCGACAGCAAGCAAAACUCCCUGUGUGUGCUGCGAAAUUAUUAGUGUGGUUUUCCGAAAAUCUGUGCUGUCUUCAAUUCUCGCAACCAAACGACACCCCUUCUACGUAUCUCCUCUCAUUAUCUGCCUGCGUUUUCCAUUGCUCAAAACGACGGGUUGCCAGAAUUCCCAAAUUGCCUGGGACAAAGUGGCUGGAUCCUUGUCUCUUUCUAGAUGACAACUCUGUGAUACAAGUUCUACCUCUGUUUUUUCUCUUCUCUCUCUCUCUCUCUCCCUCUCUCUCUCUGCUCUCUGCUCUCUACUCUACUCUACUCUCCAUCAGCUUCUUUUUUAAUCUCCUUCACCCAGUGAUCUUUAUUUACUCGUGAGUGUAAUCUUGCACUCACCCUCACUAUAUUCUUUACCCACAUUGAUCUAUCUUGGGUAGUGUCAUGUUUACGGGUACUAUCAAAGUAGAGAUAUGCGAAGCAUCAGGACUACGUGCUACAGACAAACAACGCAAGUUCUGGCAAGAAGAGUCACCUAUACUAGAUCCCUAUGUGCAGCUAGACAUUGAUGAGAAGUACCUCAAUCGCUCAUCAACAAAGGCCAAAACAUUUGAUCCUGUAUGGAAUGAAACUUUUACACAUGAAGUACAGGAUGCCACGCUACUUGGUCUUACUGUCUUCCAUAAUGCUGCGCUACAACCAGAUGAUUUUGUAGCCAAUUGCAAUAUACCAUUUGAAGAGUUGAUUCAGCGGGAUGAUGAAACUGCUGAUUUCUCGGUUGAUUUGGAACCUCAGGGAAAAUUGAAAGUUCGAAUAGAAUUGCAACGGAACACUCAGCCACAACAAGCAGGAUGUCGAGCACCAGACGGAGACAGUGUUGGCAGUACCAAUUCAAGCAAACAACCCAGGCGCGAAUUCAAGGAGAGACAACAGGGCUUCAUGGGUCGCCGAGGUGCUAUGCGGCGAAGAGUUCACCAGGUUAAUGGACACAAGUUCAUGGCCACCUUCUUAAGACAGCCCACCUUCUGUUCACACUGUCGAGAUUUUAUCUGGGGCUUGGGCAAGCAGGGCUAUCAGUGUCAAGUAUGUACCUGUGUUGUCCACAAAAGAUGUCAUGAGCAGGUUGUCACCAAGUGUCCAGGGAUGAGAAAUGAGGGCAAGGACGUAAACCUACCGAUUCAGCAGCGAUUCAACAUUGAUGUUCCGCAUCGCUUCAUUUUGCACAACUUUAAAAAGUUCACAUUCUGUGAUCAUUGCGGUUCUCUACUAUACGGAUUAUUUCGUCAAGGUGUAAAAUGUGAAGCCUGUGAAAUGAGCGUCCAUAAGCGAUGUCAAAAGAAUGUGGCAAACAACUGCGGCAUUAACAUGAAGCGACUGGCCGAUAUGCUCAACUCAGUAGGCAUCUCCUCGGACAAAUUGAGGCAAUCGAAGAUCAAUUACACAUCGUCUAUACAUAGUAACGCGAGUACAAGCUCAGCUAACGAAAACGUCGCGCCCAAUGAGGCACAGUCGGCGCACCAAUCUCAAGAACAGAGAGAAGCUAAGGCGGCACGGGAAAGCGCAGCUAGCGGCGACAGGAUGAGCAUCGAUGAUUUUAACUUCAUUAAAGUACUAGGCAAAGGUAGCUUCGGAAAAGUCAUGCUCGCAGAGCGAAAGGGCCACCCAGAUGAAAUUUACGCUGUCAAGGUUUUGAAGAAAGACGUUAUCAUCCAAGACGACGAUGUCGAUUGCACGAUGACGGAGAAACGAAUCUUAAUUUUAGCGGCCAAGCAUCCAUUUCUCACAGCCCUGCAUAGUUGCUUUCAGACAAAAGAACGAUUGUUUUUCGUUAUGGAGUACGUCAACGGAGGUGACUUGAUGUUUCAAAUUCAGAAAGCUUGCAAAUUCGAAGAAUCUCGCGCGCGUUUCUACGCUGCAGAAGUAACACUGGCUCUACAAUUUCUGCACAAAUAUGGCGUUAUUUAUCGCGAUCUUAAACUCGAUAACAUUCUGUUGGACCAAGAAGGACACUGCAAGCUCGCGGACUUUGGCAUGUGCAAGGAGAAUAUCCUCGAUGGUCAAACCACGGCAACCUUCUGCGGCACGCCCGACUACAUUGCCCCAGAAAUUCUUCAGGAACUUGAGUACGGUGCGAGUGUUGAUUGGUGGGCACUGGGUGUUCUAAUGUAUGAGAUGAUGGUCGGUCAGCCGCCCUUUGAAGCUGAUAACGAAGACGAUCUGUUCGAAUCGAUUUUGAGAGACGACGUGCUGUAUCCAGUUUGGCUAAGCGACGAGGCUGUUUCGAUUUUGAAAGGCUUCAUGACGAAGAAUCCCGCGAGGAGGCUCGGUUGCGCCGCUGCCAAUGGUGGGGAGAGUGCAAUCAGGUCACAUCCUUUCUUUCAGAACAUGGACUGGGAAGCUUUGGAAGCACGUAAAAUCAAACCUCCCUUCAAGCCAAAAAUCAAAAACAAAAAAGAUGCUGUGAAUUUCGACGCCGAGUUUACGAAGGAAGAGCCAGUAUUGACACCAAUACAUUCAGACGCGGGUAUAAAUCAAGAUGAAUUUGCCGGGUUCUCCUUUAUCAAUGCUGACUUCAAUCCCAGUAGAUUCGUUGCCCAGUAAAGAAAAUAACUUGAAUUAUAUAAUGAUUCGUUUUGAAUUUUAUUGGAAAAAUAUCUACGAAAGGAAGUUGAAAAUCAGAGGCGCUGAAGAUAACGUUGUGUGCUAAGCUCGCCAACGAAGGUGAGCAAUUAUCAUACUUCGCCGUAUUACUUCCUAAAAUAAAAGUUGAGCGAAAUUCCUCUUUUGGAUACGUCUCUACUUUCUGCUUAGUAUCAGAUUAAGAAAUGGGCACAGAAAAGUAAAGCGAUUACUUUUCAUAGUACUAUGAUCUCUAGUCAAAAAACAAAACAAACAAAAAUAUAUAUACGCAAGAAAUAUUAUUUUCCUAGAAAUAACAAGUCCAAUUCGCCAAGGUGAAACUUGUCAUCCACGUCGUAACUAUUCUUUGUUCCACAAAUGAUGUAUUUUUAUUUUAUUUGUUACAAAAUUUGCGAGUGAAAAAAAAUUGUAUCGAUACUAUUAUUAGUGCAUAUGACGUCGAUUCGUCGCGAACAAAAAUACGUAUUGAUGGCCGCUUUCAAACGAUGAGAAAAUGUUAUUGCGCCUGUGCACUCAAUUGCUUUAAGGUUCAUCGACGGGGCGCGGGCAUCGGUUUUUCGCUCUAUUUUUUCUGUAUACAUGUAGAUUCACGCAAUUGCAUCAGCUUUUCACAUGUUUACUAUAGUAGACAUUCCAAGUUUGAAGCUGCACUCCCCUCUAUUCUCCAUUAUUAGCUAAAUUAACCACGACAACUUUAAUAGAUAAUAUGUAAAGUUUAUUUUUUUGAGCACCACUAGUCAAAUAUUUGUAAAACUUGCCCGCGUCUAAAGAAAUUUAUAAGCGUUUUCCCUCAACUUGUACAUGGUAAAACGUAUUUUUUUUCCUGAGUUUCGCGUUGUUCCGAUUUCUCACGACAAGAAAUCAGGAUAAUCUCGUCGCGCGUCAUCGGAAUGUUCGCUCAUAGAAAAAAAGGAAAAUUGCAUAUGAACGGCCAGUGAGAUAAAGAAGAGACAUAUAAGAUAAUUAAAUUGGUGAACACGAGCCACUGGUGGUUCGUAGCAAAGAGUCUAUAUACAAGCAUUAUGCGUAUUAUAAAUAAAUAAAUAUAUAAUUAUAUAUGAAUAUAUAUUUAACUUAUUUUAGCAUACGCUUAAAAUUGAAGUAAUAGUCGAGGCGAAACUAUUGUUAGGAGCAAAGUAACAAAAAAUGUAUUGUUUAUAAUUGUUGAAUGUUGAUGGAGGAUUGAAGGUGAAAGAUAAAAAAUAACUCAUAAUUGUAGGAAUGCCGAUCAAACACCUUAAACAUCUACCUUUAAUCGUUGUCUCUAGUUAGAUAUAAAAACUAUACGUACCUUUGGAAGCUUCGUUGGGAGAAAGUUGAAUUCUCUAUAAAUUAGCAUUGAAAUCCGUCUGAUAAUCUCGAAAUUGAGUCCGAUAGAAACAUAGAAUCGUAAUAAAUAUAUUAGAGAAAGCGAUUAUAUACAGGUGUAAUAAAUAUUUGUACAUUUCUAUAAAGAUUUUUUGUGGAAAUCUUUGUCGAACAUCGGUAAGUGUAUCGUAAACGUUGAAAAAAUUUCUGUGCAAAAUUUUUAUAGAAAUACGUUGGUUGAUUUUGUAUUUUUAUUGUCUUUGCUGUGGAAUGCAAUGUUGAAUCUCCUUUUUUUAAUAAGAAAAAAAUAAUGAAAUUGUGGGGAAAAAAAGAAUUAUAGAAAAAAUCAUAUAAAUAUGAUCGGUGUCUAUACGAGAUUUAUCUAUGUUUCUAUUCGACUGUUUUUUACUAGGAGUGAUGUGAAACAGGCCCAGAACUCCUCCGAAUAAAAAACGUGCGUGCUCGUCAUGAAAAUAUGUUAUAUAUAUGCGUGCGCGCGCGCGCAUUUAUCAAUAGUGAAAAUAGCCUGCGGCUUCUGAGCGACUACGCUUCAUCUCGCGCCUUGUAUACUAAUCACACGAAAAAAAAGUAUGUUGUUUUCAGUUUCAGCAUUGCCGUUCGCCAGAAUAUCACGCGUAACAGUACUUGUACGCAUACGAUUUAUCGUCCAAGUGAUUCCUGUACUUAAGCAUAAUCUCGUGUACCUAAGUCCGAAAAAUUAUUUAUGAUGUCGAAAAAAAGGACAAAGGGAAUUAGCUUAACGAGGCCGCACCCCUGCCGCUGUUCGAACGAAAGAGUUAGAGGGAAAAAGAGUAAUGCUUUUUUAACUUUCAACUAAUCUCCUUAUCAAAUGAUCCGCCGUAUCUCAUACUAGUUUUCAAGUGUUGCACCGCAAUGCACACAUCUUUAGUUUUUAGUUGUAUUGUUACUUAUUACCGAGUCGAGAACGUCAGUGUUCAACUUUUUGUUCUUACUAAGUUUUCAUUGAUCCGGAAUCACCAAACAAUGAUCUCGCAAGGCCAUUGACUCUCACUUUCCUUCUCGCUCUUUCUUCAUUUUGAUGUCAAGGCCAAAUAUCCUACUUAGCGGUGUCACCAAGACCUUGAUUCUACUCACAGAAAUGUGACUUGGACGAUAAACGAAUACAUAGGCAUGUAUUAACCUGAUUAUAAUUCGAUGUUGUUACCUCGUCGUCGCUGUUGUGUUACGUUGAGCUUGCAAAUUAGGUGCAAUCGGCAUUUUGAAAGAACCAUUAAUUGCUUGCAAUUAAGAUGCUCGGGAACAAUAACACUGCGUUGUUUCAUCUCUUCUUAGUGUUAAUGUGAACGUUGGAAAAGUGCAUAUCUAUAUCAUUAUUUUUAUGUGAAAGGCGUCGUGCAUUUUUUUAUUCGAAAAAUCGCUUGCAUUUGUAUUUAAUGUUAUUGUGCGUUUUUGUUACAAUUGUAUGUUAUAUAGUUUAUUUGUUGUUUUAAAUGGUUUUGUUUUAUAUUCAUGCGAAGCAACAUCGAGCGGAUUUCGGUUGAUUUGUUUUAACACGUUAACAUGCGUUACGUGUUUCGCGCGCAUUUUUCAACCGACCGAUCGAUGCAUUUAUUUACUUUAUACGAUAUUCAUUUAUACAUUUAUUUGUUUGUUAUUUGUUAUUGUAAUUGCGAAACAGCACAAUAUUGCAUCCCGCUUUAGCUUAACUUAAAUUUGUACUUUCUACAAAAAUUAUUUAUGAAAAGUAACUGAAAAUGCGUAAAACUUUGCUUUUGUACUUAUACGCUAUAGAAAAAUGCAAUUAGGAUCACGCGAUACCUUACUAGAAACAACGAAAGGAACAGAGUGGAUCAACAAGCGAAUGUAUAAAUAAUUUGGAGCCAUAGGAAAGUACUUAAGUUCCCUCCGCGUUUCGAGCCAAUGUACGAUUACUCGCAAUACAACGACUACGUUUAUUUGCGAGAAUAAGCACCAUAAGUAAAAUUUAUAAUUCAUUAAUACAUUCGACAAACGCAAAACAUGUAUUCGCAAAAAAGACAAGCUUUAAACCAACAAAUGGUCGCUCUUUUUAAGGAAAAAUAUAAGAUGAGCGUUACCGCAACUACAUAAAUACGUAGUAUCGUUUCCGUUCCGUUUGACGACAAUGGCCAGGCAUUGAAUUAUAAUUAAUUUUGGUUAAGUCCACGCAUGCUCUACCUAUUCACGUAAAAAGCAAAAUGUUAAAAAAAAGUUUGAAUUUGUGUACUCUUUAUCGGAAGCUUUAGACGUUUGAUGUUGCUUCGUAAAUCGUAAGAGAUUUUAAGAAUAAAAACCCCAGUUAGAGAGAUAAACAAAAAUGUGAUACAUACAAACCCAAAAGAAGUAAAGGAACAGAACAAAAAACAAAAAACAGAUAUCGGUUGUACACAUGACGAAUUGAAAAUGAGAAUGGACUGCGCAAUGCGAAUUAAUAAUGACAAUUCUUCCAACACAUUAGCGACUACAUUGUGCGUUCAGCACGUUUAAUCAGGUAGUGUAGAGAGUAUAAUACGAGGUGCGUGCGCUCCGUUCUCUUUUUCUUGCUGUCAAUCACCACGCCAAUACAAAGAAUACAUUUCAAAAAAAUCGAGCCAAUGAACAAAUACAUAUGGAAAAUGACAGGUGUCUGAAUAAAGCAAACGAAGCCCGUAGCGCGUCGAAUAUGCAAGAAUGUCUCAUCAAAAGGAGUCAAUAAAAACAAUCCAGUCAGCCAAUGAAUGGCUAAACAGAUCAGAGUAAAAAUAAAAACUAAACAACACAUAAGUGCACAAGAUCUGCGUCUUUAGCGGGACCGUAGAUUAUAGAUAGAAGUUCAUAUGUAUCUAUACUAUAUGUACGCGUGCGUGGUUCGCAAAACUAACGCUCGUCGAAAGCCCGUGCCUCGGCCUUCAAUUUUAUGUACACCAAGCGCUAUUUACCUUUCUAUAUUUAUUUAUUUAUUUAUUUAUUUAUUUAUUUAUUUACUUAUUUAUUUAUUUAUUAUUUGCGUUUUUCAAGUGCCGUUUUAAUAUUUUUCAUUUUUAUUUGGUGCGGCGCUUUAUAAUAUAUACCUUAUAACUUGGAACAAGCGUGAAAAGCAAUGCUUAACGCACAUGAUAUUCCAAUAUGAACCAAAUACACAUAAGAGAUCUUCACGUGCGAGCGUCAAAAAGGGCCGAGGCUACGGGUUGAAUGGGUGGCCGCGCGGCGAACACAGUUACUUGUCUGAUUAUCGUGUAAAGAAAACCGUAAAUAAAAAAUAUAUGUAUCUAUA